AAAUACUUAAACGAAUUUCUAAUUCGUUGAUUCGCCCUCAACAAUAUCAUUCUAACGUGUGUUUGAUUUUGUAAUACUGUGUCCUCACCAGUAACGGUUAGCGUAAUAUAAGUAGCUGAAAAGAAGAACAUUCACUUUUCAUUGGUGAUUGAAAAUAUUUAGCGAUGAGAAUAGCAAUAUUUGGAGCGACGGGCCAGACUGGCCUGGAGGCCGUGGCCCAGGCGCUGCAGAAGGGCUAUGACGUCACGGCUGUCGUCCGCAACCCCGACAAGCUCGCCAUACGGGACUCCAAGCUCACUGUGGUGCGGGGUGACGUGAUGGACGCGGCGAGCCUCACGCCGCUGCUGGAGCACCACGACGCCAUCGUCUCCUGCCUCGGCUUCCCGCGGGCCUCUCCCGUUACAGGCUACACCGACUCCAUGAAAGCCAUCGUGGAGGCCAUGAGGAAGAACAACAUUCGCAAGCUGGUGACGAUGACGUCAUGGUACACUGACACUACGACAGCUGCAAACGGCGGGUUCUUCGUGAACUGGCUGCUGGUGCCGCUGAUCAAGCCUGUGCUGUGCAAUAUGCGAGCCAUGGAGACCUUCCUGAGCGAGCAGUGUCAGGACCUCGACUACACCGUCGUCAGGCCGCCUGGGCUCGGCAAGGGCGAUCUAUCAGGCAACCCGGUCUCGGUGACAGAGGAAGCGUAUUUCGUGAAAGGCAACAAAGGCGCUCACAGGAUCCCGCGUGCUGACGUGGCGUCCUUUAUGCUGUCGCUGCUCAGCACCAGUCAGUACAACAGGAAGAUGAUCGCCAUGACCACAGCCGUGCUGUAGACCUCAGAUUGGUUAUUCCAGAGCUGCGACUUUCACAAAAACCAGCAGAAAGCGUCAGAUAAAUAAUCACCAUGCUCUAUAUUGAAUGAAUAUUUGUCAUCAAAUAUUGACACGAAAAAAUGUGCUACGAUUAGUUUUUUUUAACAACUUGUUACGAUGUUUUCACUCGAACUACGUUCCCGAAAUAUUCACAAAGAAAAAUAAAAAUACAAUAAAACACGGAGCGUUCUUUCUUUAAUUAUGAACAUCUGAUGUUAGAAACGUAUUUUUACAAAUGCCGCGAUCUUACACAUGUCUACCGGAUUUCGAACCAACUAAAGACCAAGUGCAUUAUUGAGAAAUGAGAUCAGACAGUUUCACGGAAAAUACAGCUCAAUUGGCUACAGAUUUUAUCAUAGAAAAUGCAUAAAUACUCGCACUGAUUCUAUCUUGAGGCAUGAAACGCCAUGACAGAAUUCAUGAACCUAGUAUCAAUUGAGGAGUAAAGGCCACAAUUAGUCAAAUGGUCAAUAGACUGAAAACUGGUUUAAAAGAGGCGAAAUAAAGAGGUUUUCCAACAUGUGUGGUAAUUUCCUGGCUAG